UCUAUUUAAACAGUUAAAAAUUUCUGAUGUAAUUUCCACUAAUAUAGUUUACAUAGACAGAUUGCUACUACUUUUUACAUUUUCUUUCUUCUUCAAUCCUGCAUUGUGUAAAAAACCUAUAGUGAGUUGAAAGGUUCAGUAAUGUCUAAGCCAGCAGAGAUAGUGUGUUUCGGUGAGAUGUUGAUCGAUUUCGUUCCUGAUUCUGCCGGAGUCUCCUUAGCAGAGUCUACAGGCUUUCUAAAAGCCCCCGGAGGUGCCCCUGCCAAUGUUGCUUGCGCCAUUACAAAACUUGAUGGCACCUCUGCCUUCAUUGGCAAGGUGGGAGACGAUGAGUUUGGGCGGAUGUUGGUAGAUAUAUUGAAGAGUAAUAGGGUGAACAGCGAAGGAGUGUGCUUUGACACGCAGGCAAGGACAGCUCUGGCGUUUGUGACACUGAAGAGAGACGGAGAGAGGGAGUUCAUGUUCUACAGAAACCCUAGUGCAGACAUGCUGCUCAAGGAGUCUGAGUUAAACUUGGGUCUCAUCAAGAAGGCUAAGAUCUUUCACUAUGGUUCAAUUAGCUUAAUCUCCGAGCCUUGCAGGUCCGCUCACAUGGUUGCCAUGAAAGCUGCGAAAGAUGCAGGUGUCCUACUCUCAUACGACCCCAAUGUUCGCCUUCCUCUCUGGCCUUCCCCUGAAACUGCCAGAGAAGGAAUUCGAAGCAUUUGGCAUGAAGCUGAUUUUAUCAAGGUUAGUGAUGAUGAGGUAAAUUUCCUCACACAAAAAGAUCCAGAAAAGGAAGAGACUGUAAUGUCAUUAUGGCAUGACCGCUUGAAGCUUCUUAUUGUUACAGAUGGCGAUAAGGGUUGCAGAUACUUCACAAGGAGUUACAAAGGAAAAGUUAGUGGGUUCCCUGUUAAGACGGUAGACACCACAGGAGCUGGAGAUGCUUUUGUAGGUUCCCUUUUGGUUUCCAUCGCCAAAGAUCAAUCAAUUUUCCAGGAUGAAGAAAAAUUGAAGAAUGCCUUGAAAUUUGCCAAUGCUUGUGGUGCAAUCAGUACAACUCAAAAGGGAGCCAUUCCAGCAUUGCCAUCUACAUCUGAUGCUCAAGGACUUGUGGCUGGUUCCAAGGCUUACUAAAAAUUCCUAUCUAGUUAUCAUCUUCUUUUUAUUGUCUUAUCUAAUUUCCAAUUGACACCAUUUAUCCAAAUUAAUAAGUUUUGCAGACAAUAUAUUUAAGCUCAAAGCAGUCAUUCCUAUUCUAAUUGGGUGUGAUUUCUUGUGUCGAAAGGCUUGUUGGCAUAAAUAUUAUUUUUUUCAUUGUUUGGUAGGGUGUAUAAGAAUAAUGUUAAAUAGAGUGUAUUGACAAUGCUUGUAUUA